UUGUGUUGUUCAAAGUGAAAGUCAAAGGUUAGAUGUUAGGUGUUGUCUUAUAAUAGUCUAAGCUAAAGGAUGGGUGUCUGUCCUAUAUGCUUUGACGGGCUGAAGUCCCCGGUUUGCUGUGUGCCGUGUGGACACGUGUUUUGUAAUGUGUGUAUCCAUAGAUGGAGGACCACACCCCCACGUUCCAUGGGAAAUAUUCUCUUAAAUUAUCAAUAUCACGAAAACAGAAGCUGCCCACAAUGUCGGGCUGACAUCCAUGCCUUACAAAGAAUUAGAUUUGAUGAUCAGGAGGUUCAAGAGGGUGAAGAAGUAGAGGAAGAUCCCUGGGAAGCCACUGAUGAUUACAGUACAAUCCUAAAAUCAGCCUAUAACAUCUGGUCAAGAAGUGAACUCCGCAAAGCCUGUGUUACUGCACAGAAUAAAGUAUUUUCCAUAUCAUGGGUCCAGAGAAGUUGGGAUAUUGGAAAAUCAUGUGUUACUAAAUUAGGGACCUUUGUAUCAGAGUUCAGACAUGUUGAAGGUGGCCCAGAAGUGCAGAUAGAGUGGUUAAAGAAUCGUGCCAAACAAGGUUAUAUCACACUUCAGAACAAAAUAGUCAGCCAUCCUAAAGUCGAAAGUUUACGAACACAGUGGAGCAAUUUCAGUGAAGAUAAGAAGAGAGCAGUGAUGCUGCUGAUAGCUGUGAUCUGUGUCCUGACCCUGGCGGACGCUCAGAACCAGGAGGGGCUCCUAAAGUCUGUAAUCCUCCCUGUCUUUGAGGCUACCUUAGCUAUAGUGUCCGAAAUCCUGUCCGUGCUGUCAUAUUGUCUGACUAGACCACUGGUCUGUUCCUUCCAUUGUUUGAUGUCUAUAAUUCUAAUGAUUUUAGACAUCGUCGUAGCCAUCUUACGGACACCGAUUGCUAUUUUGGAAAUCCUGCUGUGGCUGCCCUAUACAAUGGUAAUGGGAGUGACAUUAUUUCUUUCCAAUACUGUUGGUACCUUGCUGCGAACUGUUUUCCCAUUGGCCCUUGUGCUGUAUGUAUUUUUCCCAGGGGUUCAACAAAGAGUUGGGGAAAUAUUUGCUAAUUUACAACAGAAUUAAGAUGUAGUGGUUUGCAUUUUUUCUCAUAUUUGUGUUUCCAGUGCCAAAUAAUUGUUUAUCCAAAUCUUUGUUUGUUGAGACAAGCUGAGAAUUACCGGUAUGCUUUAAAUUAAUUCUGAAUGCUGUAGAGAUAUAUCAUUUUCAUAUUUUUAUUUAUCAUACAUACAUGUAUAUUCUUUAUAUCUCAGAGAUUGUGGUUUCCUUGAAAUUAUUUUUUUUUCUCUUUUUUUUUUUGGACUAAAAGAUGACUUGAAAAGUUAUAUUGAAAAAGAUUAAGGAAGAAUUUGUGAGCUUCACAGUGCCAUAAAUCACCCAGAUAUUGAAUAAGAUAAAAACCAAUAAAAUUUCUAUGCACACCUGAGUGGCAUUUGGCACAUUAAGUGCAAAGAUUAAUUAAAUAAGCACUGAUGUUUUACAUCCUUUAAAAGUGAAUUUUUUAAACUCCUUCAAUAUUAAAUUGUUUAUCAUUUUAAGAACUUGGGAAUGCAGAUGUACAAUUAUGGAUCCAGAAAAGUGUGUGUAUGGUUUUUAAUUGAGGUAAAUACCAAGGGUAUGUGUAUGUUGAGUAUUACAAUUUCUAGUUUAUCUCUGUACUUAUCUGUAUGUUUAAAGUUAUGUUAGAAUGAAAGUUUUUUUGUUUGUUUGGGGUUUUUUUUUGAGAAGCUGAGAUGGGGCUUUUGAAGUGAUCUUACACCUCAUAAACAUAUUUUUUUUAUGGGAAUAUGCCAAGCAUUUUAGUUUUAUUUCUGUCAAAGAAGAAUUUAGACUACAUUUUUUGUUAUAAUCAUCAUUUCUUUCAAAUAUAUAUUUUUGGGGUAAUGGAGGUGUUUACAUUGCUCAUCACUAAUAUGCCAAAGUUGUUCUGAACAAAACCUAAAAUUUGAAUAUUUGUUUCAUUGUUGUUUACAUGUAUGUUUAAGUCCAUAAACAAGUAUUGCUGUAUAUGUGUCAAUUACUUAAAUACCGGUAAUGCAUGUGUAUUUUUAAACCAAGCAGGGGUAGAACUUGCUACAACAGAUUUUAGUAUUAAAUAUUUUCAGUUUUUGUGUACCAAGACUUUAUAUGCAGAAACGUGAUGUAAAAUUAUUAUUAUACAUUAAUCAUAUUGCUUUAAUAUUAACAUAUUUGAUUGAUAUCUCUUGAUUUGUGUUAAAUUCUAACUCAAGCAAAGCUGAAUUUUUUUUUAUCAUAAUAUUGUUUUAAUGACUUCAGAUAAAGAUCAUUUUGAUUUAAACACUGGUUUGUAAAUUUUGAGCUUCAUUAUUUCAUAAUACAGAUGGCUGUGCUAACAAAUUGAAUGAUGCACAUAAAUAUGACAAUUUGUCUGCACAUCAGCAAGGUGAACAUCUGUCAAAUUUUACAGCUCAAUCUUUUAUUUAUAUUUUUAUUGGUUUCAUUGUAGUUUGACAAGAUACCAUGUUUAAAUGAUACACUUUGCAUUUGUAUAGUUAAAUUAAGGAAGCAGCCAUCGCUUAUCAAUGUGUGCAUUAAUUUUGAUUUUCGUUCAUGCAAUGCACUUACAUGUAUGUGAUGUGGUGUUCUGCAUUUGCAAUGUUAAAAUCCGAGACAAUUUAACCUUUGAAUCCCCCCCAUACAUAUUAUGACUGGGUACCUAUUAACAUAUUAAGAAUACUAUAAAUGGAAUGUAAGUAUACAUUUGUUGGAAAAGAAGAGCUGAAUGAACAUUGCAUUAAAAAAAUUAAUUUUCUAAGUACUGGUAGCCUAAUCUCUAUAAAGAAGUAUUUUAUCAAAGAUUAAAUACACUGUAUAGUGCUAUUAAAAGAAAACAAAAGUGUACUGAUAUGAGUUUGUCAUACUUUGUA